UUUCUAAUUUGUCAAAUAUAAUUCCGUUUUAUUUUUAUUUUUUGCUCUUCUUAUGUUGAACGUCAAGUGGAGGCCGGUAGCUAUAAUUAUAGCAGUUGUUCUGCUUGUACACUUCCUUUUACUCUCACCCUACUUGGAAUCGCACUCUUCAGACAGCCGCAAUUCUGCAGAUGAAAAGGCGAAUGCCGACAAUGGAAUCGCUCUUCCGCACAAUGACGCUCUCAUUGACAUACAGCACCCUUUGCCAGUGACAGUCACUGUCACUCGCGGUGAUAGCUUUGUCCCCACAGUGACUGAGGUCAUUAAGGAGACUGUUUUUGCCCAACACGACAGGCCUGCUAGUUUGGAAAAGACGAACGCCGCUUUUGUCAUUCUGACGCGCAACAAGGACCUGAAGGACCUCCGGGAGACGCUCAUUCAACUUGAGGACCGCUUUAACCGCCGCUACAACUACCCCUAUGUGUUCCUCAACAAUGAGCCCUUCAGCGAAGAGUUCAAGGCCAAGAUCAGCAGCGUCGUCACCGGCGACUGCGAGUUCGGCCUCAUCCCCACUGAGCACUGGUCUUACCCUGACUACAUCAACCAGACGCAAGCCGCCGAGGUUCGCAAGGACAUGAAAGAGCGCAAGAUCAUUUAUGGCGACAAUGAGAGCUACCGCCAUAUGUGCCGCUACGAGUCGGGCUUUUUCUUCCGCCACCCGCUGAUGGACAAGUACAAAUGGUACUGGCGCGUGGAGCCUGGAGUCAAGUUUGCGUGCGAGAUCGACUACGACCCGUUCCUGUUCAUGGAAAAGAAUAACAAGAAGUACGGCUUCACGAUUUCGAUCAAGGAAUAUAUCCAGACAAUCCCUACGCUCUGGGACACCACGAUGAAGUUCAUGGACGAGCACAAGGACCUCAUUCCAUCCACCAAUAUGCUGGAUUUCGUCACCAACAAGGACGGCGGUUACAAUCUGUGCCACUUCUGGUCCAACUUUGAAAUUGGAAGCCUGGACUUUUUGCGCUCUGAAAGGUACUUAUCGUACUUUGACUAUCUGGACCGUGCUGGUGGCUUUUUCUACGAGCGGUGGGGAGAUGCGCCCGUGCACUCGCUGGGCGUGGCGAUGUUCCUGAACAAGAACGAGGUGCACUGGUUCGAGGACAUUGGCUACUACCACGGCCCGCUGUGGAACUGUCCCAAGGGCAAGGCCAACGACAAGUGCUGGUGCCCCGAGGAGGAGUCCAUCGAGAUCAAGAACAAGGGCUGGUCGUGCACACUGAACUUCGUCAACCUUCCCAAUCCUUGAACUCUCAAGCGAACAAUGAUUUUCUGUUAACUUCACUUUAUCGUACUUUUUUGUAAAACUUAACAGGUAUAUUCCUAUUGCCUCUGCCAGAGAAACAUUAUCAUUAACAUUCGAAGAAUGGGGGAACUCAUAACACCUAAAGAAAAGAAUCAGACUACAAAUAUCUAAAAA